AUGAAGUCGGCCUUGGUCUCGCGCGGGGGCGGGUCCGGGGGGUCGGGCGGCGGCUGGGGCGGCGGAGACGGCAGCGCGGGCAAGGGAGGAGAAGGAGAUGGCGGCGGCCCGGGGGGCAAGGGCGGCUUCGGGGCGCGGGGACGCGGCGGCCGGGGCCGGGGGCGCGGCGGCGGGGACGGCAGGGACCGCGGUGGCGGCGGGCAGCGGCGCGGCGGCGUGGCCAGGAGCAAGAGCCGCCGCAGGAAGGCCGCGAGCGCGGUGUCAGUGGAGCCGCACCGGCACGAGGGCGUCUUCAUCUACCGCGGAGCGGAGGACGCGCUGGUCACGCUGAACCUGGUGCCGGGCCAGUCGGUGUACGGCGAGCGGCGCGUCACGGUGACCGAGGGCGGCGUGAAGCUGGAGUACCGCACGUGGAACCCCUUCCGCUCCAAGCUGGCCGCGGCCAUCCUGGGCGGGGUCGACCAGAUCCACAUUAAGCCCAAGUCCAAAGUGCUGUACCUGGGGGCCGCCUCGGGGACCACUGUCUCCCAUGUUUCCGACAUCAUCGGCCCGGAUGGCCUGGUCUACGCGGUCGAGUUUUCGCAUCGUGCCGGCCGUGAUCUGGUCAACGUGGCCAAGAAGCGAACCAACAUCAUCCCGGUCCUCGAGGAUGCCCGGCAUCCGCUCAAGUACCGCAUGCUCAUCGGGAUGGUGGACGUGAUCUUCGCCGAUGUGGCCCAGCCGGAUCAGUCUCGCAUCCUGGCCCUGAACGCCCACACCUACUUGCGCAAUGGCGGCCACUUCCUCAUUUCCAUCAAGGCCAACUGCAUCGACUCCACGGCAUCUGCCGAGGCAGUGUUUGCUUCUGAGGUGAGGAAGUUGCAGCAGGAGAAUUUGAAGCCGCAAGAACAGCUGACCCUGGAGCCCUAUGAGAGGGACCACGCUGUGGUCGUUGGGGUCUACCGACCUCCUCCCAAGAGUAGCAGCAAGUAGUAGGGAGCUCAGGCUGUCCCUGAGGUCUCCUCAAGACGAUGCUGUGUUCAGUGUUACUCUGUAUGUUUUCUUUGUGUGCCUUUUGGGUUUUUGAUUGUUUGUUUGUUUCCUAUUAAACGGCGUAAAGAAGCUGUACCCAGGCGUCAGUGAGGUCAGGUUGGGUUUUGGUGCAGUAACAUCAAUCCCCAAGCCCCAGUGACCUAAAACAACUCACGAUAGGGGCCCAUCGAGGACCAGCCUGGGAGCUCUGCUUAUUCUAAUCACUCAGGGACCUGUCUCCCUAGCACCCAUCUCCAAACAUGCUUCCUCCAUCACCAGAGAAAAAACAGCUGCUGUGGAGUCACAGCAACCCGUGUGUGUCAGAGCAGAGCUGUGUGCUCCGUAGGGUUUUCAGUGGCUGAUUUUUCAGAAGUAGGUUGCCUGGCAUUUCUUCCGAGGUACCUGUGGGUGGACUUGAACUGCCCCAGCCUUUUGGUUAGCAGUGAGAGCAUGUUAACCAUUUGCACCACCCAGUGACUCCUCCUCCAUCACAGGAGCAGGGAAAAGAUUGCUAAGGAACUGCUAAUAAACUUUUAAAGUCUCCCUUGAAACUGAUGGGGUACUUCUGCUCACAUUGGCCAAGUCACUUGACGACACCUGACUUUGGAGGGGGGUAUUGGAUAUCAACGGACAGUAAUAGAGUCUAACACACCCUGUCUGACUCAGAGACCACAAUAGGGUCUUUACUACAUUGCUAUUUAAGCCCUGUCACAUUCGUUAUUACAUUAAGCCAUCACACCAGCUCUGAGAUGGCUUUUUUUUUUUUUUUACCCUUUCGAUUUUAU